AUGGCAGAAAACGACUUCUCACUCAAAGAGACAUGUCCGAAAAUCGGCGGUGGAAGAUCGUUUCCCGGCGGCGAAAUGCAGACGUCAUCGUUCGACCUCGUGGAGCGAAUGACAUUUCUCUACAUCCGAGUCGUCAAGGCUCGAGCCUUACCUUCCAACGACUCAUUCAUCGAAGUCACCAUCGGAAGCUACAAAGGAAGAACGAAGAACAACACAAACCCUAACCCUAACCCUGAGUUCCACGAAGUGUUCGCCUUUAACAAGGAUCGUCUCCAAGGAAACGUCUUGGACGUCGCUGUGAAGGCCAACGAAGAAGUGAUUAUUGGUAAGUGUAAGUUCGAAGUUGCUGAGAUUCCGACGCGUGUCCCUCCGGACAGUCCACUGGCUCCUCAGUGGUAUAGAUUAGAAGACAUCAACGGGAAUAGGUUUGGAGGAGAGGUUAUGCUGUCUGUAUGGAUGGGGACACAAGCUGAUGAAGUGUUCCCUGAAGCUUGGCAUUCGGAUUGUGUUACCGUGAAUGGAGACAACGCAGUGAUCGCACGGUCUAAAGUUUAUCUAUCUCCGAGGCUUUGGUAUCUGAGAGUGAACGUCAUUGAGGCUCAAGAUUUGGUUCCGUUACAAGGAAACAGAACCAAUCCGGAGAUUUUAGUGAAAGGGUUUUUAGGGAACAUUGUCGUGAGGAGUCGGGUGUCUCAGACACGAACCAUGAGCCGUUUGGAACGAGGAUAUGAUUUAGGUCAAAACGAAGAGUGUUUAGGGAAAUGUGAGAUAAAGUUAUCUCAAGUUGAGAGAAGGGUAAUGCCGGAUCCUGUGCCGGCUAUGUGGUACAACUUGGAACGCGUCGUGGACUCAGUGGUACCGGGAUUCGCGGGGAGGAUUCAUUUGCGGGUUUCGUUGGAAGGAGGUUACCAUGUUCUUGACGAGUCUAUUCAGUAUAGCAGCGAUUACAGAGCUUCUGCUAAAAUUUUAUGGACUCCAGCCAUUGGUGUGUUGGAGCUUGGUGUCAUCAGUGCGUCCGGUUUGAUGCCUAUGAAGUCACGUGAUGGCCGAGGAACCACUGAUGCGUAUUGUGUGGCCAAGUACGGGCAGAAGUGGCUAGGCCGGACCGAGCCGCCGCUACGAAGAGAUGUGGUUGAGUAUAUGCUUGAUUUCGGAUCCAACAUUUGGAGUAUCAGAAGAGGAAGAGCGAAUUUCGAACGUCUUGUGACAUUCUUCACUGCGUUUCUUGAUGCUUGGGUUUGGUUUGAUUCGGUUUGCAAAUGGAAGAGUCCGCUGUCUAAAGCGGAUUCGGCUUUACCUGAUGAGCUAGACGAGGAGUUUGAUGGGUUUCCGAGUGGUAAAUCUGCAGAUUUGGUGAAGAAUGGUUGCUUGUGGAGUAAUCUUCUUAAUCUCCAUGAAACUGCUGAUGACUUUGCUUGCCUUCUACGUCAUGAGACACCCUAG